UAAACCUAAGGCUUGACUCCUUGGACCUUGGGCUACCCCUAUUUCGGCUUUGGUGAAAAGGAUCUGAUCCCAAGGACUGUUACCUCUCCUUUUUCAUCCCAUCCAGAACCUCUGAGAAGAGCAGCCAUGCCUUUCGGAAACACCCACAACAACUACAAGCUCAACUUCUCGGUUGACGAGGAGUUCCCUGACCUGACCAAGCACAACAACCACAUGGCCAAGGCCCUCACUAAGGACAUCUACGCCAAGCUGAGAGACAAGCAGACCCCCAGCGGCUUCACCGUGGACGAUGUCAUCCAGACCGGAGUGGACAACCCAGGUCACCCCUUCAUCAUGACAGUGGGCUGCGUGGCUGGAGACGAGGAGUCUUAUGAUGUCUUCAAGGAUCUGUUCGACCCCGUCAUCGAGGACCGCCACAAUGGCUUCAAGCCCACCGACAAGCACAAGACCGACCUGAACUUUGGGAACCUCAAGGGCGGCGAUGACCUGGACCCCAACUAUGUCCUGAGCAGCCGUGUGCGCACUGGCCGUAGCAUCAAGGGGUACACCCUGCCCCCCCACUGCAGCCGUGGAGAGCGCAGAGCCAUUGAGAAGAUGUCCAUCGAUGCCCUGAACACCCUGGAAGGAGAGUUCAAGGGCAAAUACUAUCCUCUGAAGGACAUGACUGAUGAGGAACAGGACCAGCUGAUCCGUGACCACUUCCUGUUUGACAAGCCCGUGUCUCCCCUGCUGCUGGCCUCUGGCAUGGCCCGUGACUGGCCCGAUGCUAGAGGAAUCUGGCACAACAAUGACAAGACCUUCCUGGUCUGGGUGAACGAGGAGGACCACCUGAGAGUCAUCUCCAUGCAGAAGGGUGGCAACAUGAAGGAGGUCUUCAGACGCUUCUGCGUUGGUCUUCAGAAGAUUGAGGACCUCUUCAAGAAGCACGGCCGCUCCUUCAUGUGGAGCGAGCAUCUCGGCUACAUCCUGACCUGCCCCUCCAACCUGGGCACUGGCCUGCGCGGCGGCGUGCACGUCAAGCUGCCACAGCUCAGCAAGCACCCCAAGUUCGAGGAGAUCCUCACCAGGCUGCGUCUGCAGAAGCGUGGCACAGGCGGUGUGGACACUGCGGCCGAGGGUGGCGUCUUCGACAUCUCCAACGCUGACCGCCUGGGCUUCUCCGAGGUGGAGCAGGUGCAGAUGGUUGUGGACGGCGUGAAGCUCAUGAUUGAGAUGGAGAAGAAGCUGGAGAAGGGAGCGGCCAUCGAUGACAUGAUGCCUGCCCAGAAGUAAAAAGGGAACUGUGCACUUUUUAUAUUGUAACAUAACGACACACAAAAUCUUGGAUCCGACUCCCCUCCAGAGACUCUCGACUUCCCCCACCUCUUCCUCUUCUUCCGUUUCCCUUCCUUUCUUCCCUCCCAUCUGUCAUCUUCCAUCUCUUUCAUCUGUUCUGUGGGUAACAUCCUGGGAUCAAGCCUUCGUCCACGCUGUCGGGCCAGGCUAGGAGCCUGCCGAUUGCGUCUUCACCUUCACCUCUCAUUUUGACUUUUUUUUGGUUGUAAAAAGUAAGCUAAAUUGUAAUAAAAAUGGCCCCAUGAAACAAUCAA